AAUUCUGUCGUCUCUGAAUGACAGAACUGGGUAGCACCAGACAGCCAUCAGGUAGUGGAGAGGCGCAAAGUAUAUCUAGACAAAAUGAACAACACAAGGAGGCUAUCGACAGCUUAGUUGCCAUGUUUCCAAACUUGUCACAUGCAGAGUUAUCAAACGCCUUAGAAGCCAACAGUUUUUCAGUUCAACGAACCGUCGACUACAUCCUUUCUGAAAAGACUUCAGUCUCAUCACCAAAGAUAACAGCCGAAGACGCUGCAGAGGUUGCUGCGCGGAUAGCUCAAGUAGAGGAGGACGAACGUUUGGCUCGUGCCUUGCAAAGUGCUUUCGAAAGAGAAAACACUGCCCAAAGACAAGCAGUGUCUCAAACAGGUGGGGAUCCAGAUGCAGCGCAGCCUCCUUUAAUGGACAAGUUAAAGUUGUAUGGUAGAGCCGCAAAGGCAAAGUUCUGGGAACUCUAUGAAUCCUAUCUUGGAGAUGGCUCGGGAACAAACAGUAUCGCGGGAGUACAACCUAUCAGGUCGGACGGUUACAGUUCAGUUCCAAAUACAGAUGAAGUAGCGGUUGCAAGGCGAAGCAAUUCAGAGGAGUUUCAAGGUUCGACUUUGCUUAGAAGGCACUGGAAUCAAGGCGAGAACACGUCUUCGACGUAUCGACAAGCGAAUAGCAAACGGGCGAACGCGGACUAUGGCGAUGGAAAGAAAGAUAAAUGAGUUGUUCUGUUCAUGGUUUAUCUU